AACGCUUGGGAUGUUUCGCAUUAAAGAAGAACCUCAAGAGGACUCUUCGGAUGAACGUGCAAUCACAGUAGUAAAAACAGAGCCUUAUAACGAUGAAAUCUUGGCAGAGAAGGACCAGAUGGGACACAGCCAUGACUCUGCAUCAGAAGGAACAAAAGUAAGCAGUGGUGGGCUUCGUAUUAAGGAUGAGCCCAGUGACGCUUGUGGUGAAGCAUCUUCGGGUUGCACUUCUUCAAAUGCGCAGUUCGAGAUCAGCACAACCACAGUUGAAACACGAUUCGAAACCCCUGCACCGAUCACUACCGACAAUCGACCCACUGAGCGACCCUCAGACCAGAGCGAGACUCGAGAGGCAAGCAAACGAGAGAAAGACAGGCCCUAUAAGUGCAACUUUUGUUUGGCUACAUGUGUUGAUACUGGCCAUUUGGAAGCUCAUCAGAAAACUCAUAGAACGAAGACAUUUACCUGCGACACAUGUUCUGCGACAUUCCGUCAUACAUCAACUCUGCGGGUGCAUGCAGAACAUCACAGGGGAGAAGGGUCGCGCAAGUCCAAGGUAUGUGCACUUGCAUGCACAUUGAGCGCGUACAAGCACAAUCUCUGUCCAGCACGGUCCAGCCACAGUAUGUGCCUGCGGCAUCACAAGCACACACAUAUGGACAAGAAGCCCUACAAGUGUGAUCUCUCUACUGCAGAAUUCAGCUCAAGCGCAAACCUGUCGUGCCACAAGCGGGGACACACAGGCGAGAAGCCCUACAAGUGUGAUGUCUGCCCUGCGGAGUUCAGGCAGAGAGGGCACCUACAGGGUCACAAGCGGAUACACACUGGCGAGAAGCCACACAAGUGCGAUAUCUGUCCUGCACAGUUCAGGCAUAAGACGAGCCUGUCAUAUCACAAGCUAAAACAUACAGGCGAGAGGCCCCAUAAGUGCAAUCUCUGUCCUGCACAGUUCAGCCAAACCUCAAGCCUGUUGCGCCACAGGCAAAAGCACACAGGCAAGAAGCCAUACAAGUGCAAUCUCUGUCCGGCGGAGUUCAGACAUGGCUCGAACCUGUCACGUCAUAAGCGAACGCACACGGGCGAGAAGCCAUACAAGUGUGACCUCUGUCCUGCAGAGUUCAAUGAGAGCAUAACGCUGCGGAAUCACAAGCGAACACAUACAGGUGAGAAGCCCUAUAAGUGCAGUGUCUGUCCUGCAGAGUUCACACAUGGCGCACACCUGUCACGUCAUAAGCGAGCACACACGGGCGAGAAGCCAUACAGGUGCGAUCUCUGUCCUGCAGAGUUCAGCAGGAGCAUGAACCUCUCUCAUCACAAGCGAACACACACAGGCGAUAAGCCCUACAAGUGCAAUCUCUGUCCUGCAGAGUUCAGCCUUGGCACAACCCUGUCACGUCAUAGGCGAACACACACAGGCGAGAAGCCAUACAGGUGCGAUCUCUGCCCUGCAGCGUUCUGUGAUAGAAGUUCUCUGCGGUAUCACAAGCAAACACACACGGGUGAGAAGCCAUACAAGUGCAAUCUCUGUCCUGCAGAGUUCAGAAGAAGCACGGACCUCUCUCGUCACAAGCAAACACACACAGGCGUAAAGUCCUACAAGUGCAAUCUCUGUCCUGCAGAAUUCAGCCUUGGCACAACGCUGUCACGUCAUAGGCGAACACACACAGGCGAGAAGCCGUACAGGUGCGAUCUCUGCCCUGCAGCGUUCUGUGAUAGCAGGGCUCUGCGGAAUCACAAGCAAAAACACAUGGGAGAGAUGCCAUAAAAGUUCAACCUCUGUCCUGCAGAGUUCAGCAAGAGCACGGACCUGUCAUGUCACAAGCAAACACACACAGGCGAGAAGCCAUACAAGUGCAAUCUCUGUCCUAGCGGUCUGCUGUCACGAGCGCACACACAAAAAAGUGACCUCUGUCCUGCAGCGUUCACUCACAGCACGAACCUACGAUGCUACAGGCAGCCCUGGUGAUUGCACUAUAGUGAUAAGCAGGAUUAGAUAUGUUAUUUUGUUACUUCUGCGCUGCGUAUUUCAUCCGGAGCUCGAGUUCUAUCACGAGCAAAAACACGUGGACAAGAAGCCCUAUAGCUGCGAUCUUUGUACUGCAGAGUUCACCCAGAACGCUAGCCUGUCGUGCCACAGCCAGGGACACACAGGUGAGGAGCCCUACAAGUGUGAUCUCUGUCCUGCAGAGUUUGGCAAUAACACAAAACCUGAAGUAUCACAAGCUACAGUACACGCAGGAGAGAAGUCCUGCAGACUUCAUGGACAGCAGGAACUUUAAGAACCACAAGCGGACACACGUGAGCGAAGGGCCCUGCAACUCUGACCUCUGUACAGCAAAGUUCAGCUCUAGGAACAGCCUGCUGCACCACAAGUGGACGCACACGGGCGGGGAGAUAUACAGAACAUUCCUGUUCCAUGAACUCGAGGCAGAUCACAGACCUGCAGCAUUGCCAUGAGCGGACCUGCAUGGGCACGAAAAAUGUACCCUCUGUCCUGCAGAGUUCAGCCACAGUGCAAACACACACCACAAAUCACAAGUUCACAGAGUUCCACAGAGUAGCACAAAUAUUGUGCAGGUAGGUACGGCACAACACACGGUACAAAUGUCACAGAGAUAGGCAUGACACACUUGAAAUAGACUGUACAAGUGCAGAUGUCACAUACACAUGAAAGAGGGCGUCCAAGUGUCAGUUCUGUUCUAUUUCAUGUUGUUGUCCUGGUGACAUAAAGGAGCACGGCUGUACACAUGCUAUCUGUAUGCCGUUGCAUGUUA